AGUGUAUCAAACAGUCGACUAUAGAGUUUUUUCUUGUUUUUAAAAAUUUUGGCAGAAUUAAAUUAGCAAUCGAUUAUAAUACUAAAUAUUUCUAUCUGCUACUCAAUUUGAUCCCCAUUUAAAUGUAGCUUAUCUUGAAACUUCUAAAUGAAAUCGUUAAUGAAAUUGCUUGAAAAUAACAGCAGCAAUCUAUAUGUACAUAUAUUAUAAGCGUUUUUUUGUCGCAGUUUGGGGUAUAAAAAGAGCAACGUUCCGUGGGAGCUUAUCAGUGGGCAAAUUUGAAAUGAAGAUUAUCGGUGAAGUGAUCGUCUUUGUGUGUUUGAUUGUUGGAUCCCAAGGACAAUGGCUUGAUGAACACUGUGGGUCUGGAGGAUCAACCAGCUGCCCGUGGUUAGCUGCCAUAUACAUAUGGGAUCCCCAAAAAUGGGAAACCUAUUUUCAUUGCACUGGCACACUUAUCACCGACCGUUUUAUUCUCACCCAUGCCAUACCCAACACCCGAAUCGGAUACAUCUUUGCUCGCUUGGGAGCAACCUACGACGACGCGCCUACAUCACAAUGGUACACCACUGAGUCCUUGACUAUGCAUCCCAACUUCGAGAAUAAUGGAAAACAUAUCAAGAAUGAUAUAUCUCUAAUCAAGUUGAAUAGGAAAGCUGAGUUCAAUGCAUUAAUCAGCCCAAUUUGCCUGUUUCAUAGCAAAAGCCAAAACCAAAAGCAACUUCAGAGGCAGAUUGCGGACUCCACUUUGGAGUUUACGUUCUCGGGUUGGACAAAACCAUUCUUCACUUCGAAUUCAAAAGUGCUCAAAUCUACCAUGGUGGUUCGGCUUAAUCCCCAACUUUGUUCAAAUGCUAUUGAAGAUCCCUUGGAAUGGAAUCAAAUCUGUGGUGAAACUGAUUCCGAUGAAUUAUGCUUCAGAAACAGCGGAGGUCCUUUAGAAAUGGUAAUAAACAAGUGGGGAAAAAAUGAGUCCGUACUGCUUGGAAUACUCAGCUAUGGAACCGGCUCAUGUGGGGAUCCCGAUGUGUUUACAGAUAUAUUGAGUCAUUCAGAUUGGAUUGCUAGUAUCGUUCGUGAUCAGUAAGUCAUUUUAUACUUUAAAAAAAAAAAAACACGAAAACUAUUCAACUCAAUUAUUUGAUUAAUUCUAAAAAAUUUUGACGAUUUGC